GAGCCAGCAGGGGGCGCGAAGUUCCAGGCGCAGUGGGCGGCGCUUCCUCCUCCUCCUCUCCACUUCCGCUUCCGCGGCGAGGGGACUGUGAGGGGAGGCCAUGCCGCUGGACCACCGCCGCGUGCCGGGCCCGGAGGAGUCGCAGUCGCCGCUGCUCUUCGUUGCCGGCGGAGCCGAGGAAGAGGCCUCUGAGGCGAGGAGGGACCCUUCUGCGCUGCAGCCACUCUUCGCGAGGGUCUCGCUCCUGAGCCAGGCCAAGGGCUCGGCCUUCGUGGAGCUCUCAGGCGGCACUAAAGUGCUGUGCGCCGUUUACGGGCCUCGUGAGGCGGGAGGAGGCGGCGAGGCGCGGGGCCGGCUGGUGUGCGAGUUCCGCCGCGCGCCCUUCGCCUCCCGCGGGGCCCGGAGGAAGCCCUCGGAGCGGGACCCGGCUCUGGCGCAGGCGCUGCAGGAGGCGCUUUCGGCCGCCGUGCGACUAGGCCGCUACCCGCGCGCCCAAUUGGAAGUCAGCGCCCUGCUCUUGGAGGACGGCGGGUCCGUGUUGGCAGCCGCCCUCAGCGCCGCGGGGCUGGCCUUAGCCGACGCCGGCGUGGAGCUCUUCGAUUUGGUCUCCGCCUGCGCCCUCUGCAGGCGAGGAGGAGAGUGGCUGCUGCAGCCCACGGAGGAGGAAACCCGCCGCGCAUGCGCACAGCUGACCGUGGCCUUGCUGCCCUCCUUGAACCAAGUGGCAGGGCUUUUGGGCAGCGGGGAAGGCGGGCCCCCGGAGAGCUGGGCCCAAGCCUUGCGCCUCGGACUUGACGGCUGCCAGCGGCUUUAUCCGCUCCUCAGGGAGAGUCUCCUCCGCGCGGCCAAAGGCAAAGAAGAGGAGCAGGCGAUGGAGCCGCCUUCGAAGAUGGAGCACGAAGAGAAUCCCGCCAACCAUUGAGCCAAUGUGUCACUCAUGUCAAUUUCGUCCCUCUAGGUGUUUUGGACUUCGACUCCCGCAAUCCCGAACAGCCUCAGGCCCUUUCCUUUUCCCCCUCAGCCGCUUAAGCGGCUGAGGGGGAAAAGGAAGGGGCCUGAGGCUGUUCGGGAUUGCAGGAGUCGAAGUCCAAAACACCCAAAAUGGGUCCACACCUGUCCUAGAGCAUCCCACAGGCCGGACAUCCUUUUCCGCUGAGUAUAUGGUGCUUUCAGGUUUCUGUGUGAUGCAUCCGUUUAUCAGCAUCAGAUGAACAUCCUGGCUUUAUUUGCCAGCCCUGAGAAUAGGACAACAAUCGUCGGAAGGCCAGGUUGUUCAAUUUUUUCUACAGCGUUUCACCAAAGGACUUGCCCUCAUUGCAUCAGAUAGGCUUUUGACCUCAAGUGGGGGAAGACAUUGAGAGUUUGAGCUAAAUAUGUUCCAACCAAGACAGCAAAAACAACCACAAACCAAGGCCCUGAAGCAUCCCACCAAAGAAAAGGCCAGGCCGUUGAAUAUAUGGUGUUGUCGGGUUUCUUCAUGAGUGCCAUAACAUCAGUUUUUUUUUUGUAGAGCCCUGUACAAUAAGGUCCCUCAUCCUCAUUUAAGCUGGAUACCUCCCAAAGGCAGAUGCGUUCCGAGAGCGGGGAACCUCCUGAGCCUUUUUACUGCCUUGGGCCUGCUGUUCCCAGCCAGCAUGCUAUAUUUCCCUGCUCUCCAUCUCUUGCUCGGAGCGCACCUGCCUUUGAGAAAUCUUCAGCUUAAACGAGGGACCUUAUUGCACAGGGUUCUACAAAACAACAAGUGAUGUUAUAGCACCAAUGAAGAAACCGAAAGCACCAUAUAUUCAGGUGAAAUGAUGUCCAGCCUGGCCUUUUUCUCAGUGGGAUGCUUUGACGUGGGCCAACUUCGGCUGCCAGGUGUAAUACGGCCCUCUAGGUGGAUGCAUCCAUUUAUCAGCAUUGGAUGAACAUCCUGGCUUCAGUUGCCAGCUCUGCAGCCCCUGAUAAUAGGUCUACAAUCAAUUGAAGGACAGGCUGUGCAUCCUUUCCUACUGGGUGGAACUGCCUUUCACCAAAGGACUUGCCGUCAUUGCAUCAGACUUUUAGCCUCAAAUGAGGAAGACAUUUUAGUUUGAGCUGGAUGUUUCUGAAAAGCAAAUAUGUUCCAACCAAGGCAGCAGAAACAACCACAAACCACCCCAGGAACGUUGGCAAACUACUUUCUAUGAAAGAGCUGACCAAUAGCACGCUUUGUGCUUUGUUUCUGUAGAUAUAUCCCUCUCCUCCAGUUUGGGAUAUUUCUGAAAGGCAAAUACUUUCCAGCCAAAUGGCCUUUCGCAAGCAAAAAACAACAAACUAACCCAGGUACAGUGGCAAACUGCUUUCUGUGAAAGAGCACAACCUUGUGUUUUGCUUCUGUAGAUGUAUCACCCUCUCCAACUUGGGGCCUUUCAAAGAUACUGGACAAAGAAAGAACUCUCAGGUUGCUAACCUUUGGCUCUGCUGAGUGGGGCUGAUAGGAAUUACAACUGAAUCCAGAUGGCACCAGGCUGGAGAAGGCUGAGCUAGAAAUACCUGACUUUUUCCCCCAGACAAUUGGCAUUCUGUUGUGAAUAGCUUGAGGUAUUUUGUUACAAAUAGUUAUUUUUAAACUAGGUUGCAAGAAAAUAAAGUUUUGUUAUUAUUUUGA